GGAGCGCUGGUGAUGUACUGGAAGAUGAUCCUGUUGGAAGGUUGAAGGUGUUUGUGUAUGAGCUGCCUAGCAAAUACAACAAGAAGAUCCUCCAAAAGGAUCCCAGAUGCCUCACCCACAUGUUUGCUGCAGAGAUUUUCAUGCAUCGUUUUCUGCUGUCAAGUCCUGUCCGAACUCUUAAUCCUGAAGAAGCUGAUUGGUUCUACACGCCUGUAUAUACAACUUGUGACCUAACUCCUAAUGGACUUCCCUUGCCCUUCAAAUCACCACGAAUGAUGAGAAGUGCAAUACAGCUAAUUUCCAUGAAUUGGCCUUACUGGAAUAGGACGGAAGGGGCAGACCAUUUUUUUGUAGUUCCACAUGAUUUUGGGGCAUGCUUUCACUAUCAAGAAGAGAAAGCAAUAGAGCGAGGAAUUCUCCAUUUGCUUCAACGAGCCACAUUGGUUCAAACUUUUGGGCAACGAAAUCACGUUUGCUUGAAGGAUGGUUCCAUCACUAUUCCUCCAUAUGCCCCUCCACAGAAGAUGCAGGCCCACUUGAUUCCUCCCGACACUCCUCGUUCUAUCUUUGUUUACUUCCGUGGUUUGUUUUAUGAUGUGGGGAAUGAUCCGGAGGGUGGAUACUAUGCAAGAGGUGCUCGAGCAUCGGUGUGGGAGAACUUUAAGAACAAUCCUCUAUUUGACAUCUCUACCGAACACCCAGCUACCUACUAUGAAGACAUGCAACGGGCUGUUUUCUGCUUGUGUCCUUUGGGUUGGGCGCCAUGGAGUCCCAGAUUAGUGGAAGCAGUGAUAUUUGGUUGCAUACCAGUAGUCAUAGCCGAUGACAUCGUGCUACCAUUUGCUGAUGCUAUUCCAUGGGAGGAAAUUGGUGUGUUCGUAGCUGAGAAGGAUGUCCCAAAGCUGGACACCAUCCUCACAUCAAUACCAACAAAGGUUAUAUUGAGGAAGCAGAGGUUACUUGCUAACCCUUCGAUGAAGCAGGCUAUGCUUUUCCCACAACCUGCCCAACCAGGAGAUGCUUUCCAUCAAAUACUGAAUGGGCUGGCUCGCAAGCUUCCACAUGCUGAGAAAGCUUUCUUAAAACCAGGUGAGAAGAUUCUGAACUGGACUGCAGGUCCGGUAGGUGAUCUGAAGCCUUGGUAGUGGCAGCUUGAGUUCGCUGCCGCUGCUGCCUCCUUCCUGCUAAGCUGUACCAUGGCGCUGACAAUGACUCGAAGUCUCGAAUUGUAUAUUUUUGUUUCUUUGUUGAGCUGUUGUGUUACAUAUUUUUUUGUAGCAUAAUUUACUUGAUGCACAAUUUUCUUUGAUGUGGUAAUAAAUUUGAUACUAAAAGUAAAGUUUUUAAUAUUAGAAUUUACUUUCAUC